UUUUAGCAGAAAACUGUUAAUUUUAAAAUCCUAUAUGGGAAAGUCAAUUACAUGCAAUGACAAUUUUCGGCCACCAGGGGAGCCUGGUCCCCCCUUAACUCCGCGUAUGGUUAUAGGAUGUCAUUUUAUGUUAUAUAUUGCUUUCAAACAAUGUGUUAAAGGGUUAACAGCAAUCAGUAUGUUUUACAUUAAGAGUAGUGUAACCUAAGAUGUGCCGCAUUUUACAACUUGUAAUCUUUCGGUUUAAUUAGCGACUGACUUGUCCUAGACUACUCAGUAUAGAGUCAGUCGGUCGUGACCUGAGGCCGGCAAACCGCAGCGUCUUUGCGGCGUCAAGGUCGGCGGACGCUCCGCUGCCGCACCAGACGAACCACUCAGCAAAACAAAGGGGGCGCGAUGCCUUGCCCCCCUCCUGCCGGCGACGUGGUUUGCCUCGCGGUGGCGGGGUGGCUUUCCGUGGCAGUUGCUGUAAACUGUGAAAAUGUCAAACUUGCAGACUGAGCGUCGCCAGCCAGGCUUGCGUCACUAACCGGACCAGACCGCAUCACGGCGUCGUCCGAUAUCCAUCCGCCUGCUUUUACCGGUCCGUCCCCUCAAGGUAGUGAAAGUAAUUUCAAUUAGCGUGUAAUAUAAUCCCUAAUGUAUGUUACUUUAACGUUUCGCGUUCUUUCAUCGCGCGUUUAUAUUGUUAUAAUUUGUUGUUUACAUUACUUGGUUCACCUGAAAUGAAAGAUUGAUGCACUGACGGACUUGAAAGAGACUCGAAUUUAUAGCAUGUUUGUCAGGUAGCAAGACCGCGGAGGGAUCUGGAUCGCCGGCGCUGCGGUUCCAGCCAGCCUGACGCCGCCGUGGCUGCUGUGUGGCGCUCGGGCUGGAGCCUGCAGGAGCCUAGUAGACGCAGGCAGGCCGACCCACCUCCUGCGGCAAGCCAGCGAAAUGACCACCGGAAGCUUUUCCGGUUACCCUUCAUAACAAUAGCCCUAUAGUAAAUAUUUACCCUGGUUUGGUUUUAAUUUAAUUUAAAUAGUCAGACCCAUGCCGACUGGCCAAAUUCCCACAGACUUGUUUAAUAGGCUCAUUUUCAGAGACAGGACAGAUUUAUGUAGGUUUACUUUUGUUGCUUAAUUCCUCAAUUGAUUCGUUAAUAUUUUCCUGUUCACUGAUUCACUAUCUUGGGCAGCCCGAGACGUCCAGUCAUUUUUGACUGUGAAAGGUGAAUGAAUGAAUGUUUUGUCACGCUUUCAAAUGGCUUUGACGUCCAGCCCAAUCAAUAGCACUGAAACAUGAGCAGCCACAACUUGUCCUCACAGUUUAAAUGCAUUGGACGUCUGUUGGCAGGCAAUGGGUUAAUAGUAAGUAUAUAGCAACGAGUGAUUGCUCCCAACUCUCUUAAUUGGCAUUAAUAACACUGAAACAUAAUCAUUCACUACCAGACCGUUUAAAGCUUCGUGCUUUUCAUUUUUUUUUUUAUUUUGAAACACGCACAGCGGAUGUGCUCAACUCAAAAGUGAAAACACACCCGCUCAGACGCGCACCUUCGCAAGCUUGAGUUGACACACUGACUGGAAUACUACUAAAGUGGAGACAGUUCGGCUCCUGGGCGUCUUCACAAGAGAGAGAGAGACGCCACAAGACCUUCCUCCUACUGACUGGAAAACUGUCCUCUCAUCAGCAACAGCAUCUCAGCUUCUCUUGACACACCAACUUGGAAAAUAAGGCGCCUGAAAAACCAAGUGCACACAUCAAAAAGGAUGCCACAAACCUAGACCCGGGUCAUCGACAUUGAGAAUAUCAGGAACAACGAGGAACCAUGAACUCGUCCACUUCCAUCACUUCGCUCUUCUCCUUCACAAGCCCGGCGGUGAAGCGUCUGCUGGGCUGGAAGCAAGGCGACGAGGAAGAGAAAUGGGCUGAGAAGGCUGUGGAUUCCUUGGUGAAGAAGCUCAAGAAGAAAAAGGGAGCCAUGGAGGAGCUGGAAAGGGCCCUAAGCUGCCCUGGACAACCAAGCAAGUGCGUUACCAUCCCGCGCUCACUAGAUGGGAGACUGCAGGUGUCUCACCGCAAGGGCCUGCCUCACGUCAUCUAUUGCCGGGUUUGGCGCUGGCCCGACCUGCAGUCGCACCAUGAGCUCAAGGCGCUAGAUUGCUGUGAGUUCCCCUUCGGCUCCAAGCAGAAAGACAUCUGCGUCAAUCCGUACCACUAUCGACGUGUUGAAACACCUGUUCUACCGCCUGUCCUGGUUCCACGCCACAGCGAGUUCAACCCUCAGCACAGCCUACUGGCCAAGUUCCGCAACGCCUCGUUGCACAAUGAACCCCUGAUGCCGCAGAACGCAACCUACCCCGAGUCCUUCCCACCGCUCCCGGGCUCUUCAUCCUCCUUCCCAUCCUCGUCACCGUCCUCCACGUCUCACGGACGCUCGCCCCCCUCGCAUUGUUACCCCGAUUCUCCCGCCAGCUCCGCCGAGCCGGGUAGCCCAUACCACAUCGCGGAGACUCCUCCUCCACCGUACAGCAUGAUGGAGUCAAGCCCCCAAGAGGACGUGAAACCCGGCAUCUCCACGGAAACCACCAAGCUGACCUUCUCCGCUCCACAUACAGGCAAGUUUAGCAUCUCUCACGGCAUGUAUAGCAAGAAAGUUUGGUCAUUUGGUCGUCAUCUUCUAGAUCUGCGUCCAGUGUGUUAUGAAGAACCCGAGUACUGGUGCUCCAUCGCCUACUACGAACUGAACAACCGAGUGGGCGAGACGUUUCACGCGUCGUCUCGCAGCGUACUGGUGGACGGCUUCACGGACCCCUCCAACAACAAAAACCGCUUUUGUCUCGGCCUGCUGUCCAACGUUAACCGUAAUUCCACCAUCGAGCAUACGCGGAGGCACAUCGGCAAAGGCUUACACCUGUACUACGUGGGCGGCGAGGUGUACGCAGAGUGCCUGAGCGACAGCAGCGUGUUCGUGCAGAGCCGCAACUGUAACUUUCAGCACGGAUUCCACGCCACCACCGUGUGUAAGAUCCCGAGCGGCUGCAGUCUGAAGAUCUUCAACAACCAGCUCUUCGCGCAACUGCUCGCCCAGUCAGUCAACCACGGCUUCGAGGUGGUCUACGAGCUCACCAAGAUGUGCACCAUCCGCAUGAGCUUUGUCAAAGGUUGGGGGGCGGAAUAUCACCGCCAGGAUGUGACCAGCACCCCUUGCUGGAUCGAGGUGCAUCUGCACGGGCCCCUUCAAUGGCUGGACAAAGUUCUCACUCAAAUGGGCUCCCCACACAACCCAAUCUCAUCAGUGUCCUAGCAGGGAGGCGUGGGGGUACAAAUUCAGGUUGUGGUCCUUGUUUACUUGUGAGAAUGACUUUCAUUUUGCUUUGUUUUCUUGUGUAUCCUGGCAGCACUUCAAAACUAUGCAGCGCUUAUGUGUGAUUUAAUUAUUUUAACAUACUGACCAAUGUUGUGUUUGUACUUAUAUUGAACUUUUUUUCCUCCAAGGCUAAAAUGAGCUCGGUCAAACUAAUAUUACAGCGGAUUUGUGACUCGUGUAUUAGGCUAAUGAGGCACAGACAACUAUAUGCAUGAACUUAAUGUAAUUCAAGAGUUUUAAUUAAAUAUUUUUAUUUCACUGUGCUCAAAGAUCAUAGAGCUUGUGCAGAUGAAUACAACAUUUCUGUUAGUGGACAUUUCCUUCAGGUUUUUCCUCAAAGCAACAAAACUGUCAACAAAUGUUGUGAAAUCAACAAUACAUCAGAAACAACAAAAACUAAAACACAAUGGCUGUAAAUACAAUAAAUAAUGGUGGCAGACUGCUUGGCACGUGUGUUGAUGGUCAGCAUCCGCUAAAGUUGUGCUGCAGCGCCAGGCCUCGACUCUGCGUCGCCAAGAUGUUCUGCUGCUGCUGAAGGAAGUGGAUCACCUCGGGACUCCUAAGCAGCGACUGGUGGACGACAUCGCAGUGAGUGGGAAUGACGAAAGACUACAGCAUAACCCAUAUUUGUAAUGGUAAUACAUUUUUGUGUGUUUACAAAUUGUAGAUUUGCACCUGGAAUGUACGCUUUGACAAACUGUUGUUGUGCAGCGUUAGUGACUUACCAGUCUUUUUUGGUUAAGCACCUGCUCAAUGAGGGAGGGUCGCACUGGGCGGUCCCCCAUGACUCCUAAACGCUGCUUGUUGACGGACACGGGCCGCUCCUCACAGUUGUCCUAAAGACAACACAGACAAGUCCUGUAAUGUAGGGCUGCAUCUAACGAUUUAUUUCAUAAUCGAUUAAUCGGACGAUAAAAGAUUAAUCGGAUAAAUGUGACUUUUUUUCAAUUACCUUCACAAUUUACCUUGAAGUUGUUUUAGGCAUGUUGUAAGUACAAGACAAAAUCGACGACUCUCCUUCAAAAUUAUUUUAUUAGUUUCCUGUCUUAACUGUAUCGAAUAUCAAAUUCGUUGGCAACUACCGUAAUUUCC